AUGUAUGCUGUAUCUCCUGUUGCGGGCACAGCUGUGUCUACGGGCAGUGGACAGGUGACUGUGACUGCCGGAAGAGGACCUUUCGAUGGGAAACUGAUCAUUCUGAACGAUAUCGUAGCUAAUGCUUCUUUGUCUACGGCUCGGAAAGUAUUCUCUGGGCAGAUGAUAGGUACCGUAGCUACAUCUGCUUGUCAACCAAAUUCAAUUCAUGUCACGGUGAAAGAAAAGUCGUCAUCCGGCGAUUUUUUGCCUGUUGAUCCCACUCCGUAUCUUGACCGUAUAGGACUGCCUGAUCUCAAAUGGAAUCAAGUGUGUGACGAGUACAAGCUUGUUUUUCUGGGUCUAACACUGGCAUCUGGAAGGCUAUCGGAACCAGCUAAGGAAGAUGUCAGCGACAUUCGUAGAGGGAAGAAUUCGUUUAUAGGACUUGGGGAUAAAGUCAAGGAAGCAGUAAACAAUGCCAAAAGUAAGGUAAACGAGGCUGUGGAUGAAGCGAAAGAGGGCUUGAAGAAAGUGAAACUGGAGGUAGGAAGAGCUGCUGGUGACAUUAAAGAUGCGUUUACUUCAGAUGGUGUCGAGAAUGCUUUCAAAGAGGUUUUUCCAUCACCGGGAUUGGAUCAAUUUGAGUACAAAGGUCCAGAGUUUGGCGCGUCUGCCAGCAACGGGUUUGAGAGUUUUGGCGAUUUCAUGAAUCAUUUGAAAUCGAGACUGCUAAACUACGAUCCUGGAGCGCUGACCGUCGGAACUACCCUCGAUUUGUUUACCAAGAACGGAAUGAAGGAAGAAUUGAAUGCUUUGCAGAAUCUAGUUAAUGAAUUGAAGGGAGCCUUUGAUGAGCCGACAUGCCAGAAUCCGACAGCCGCGUCUAUCAAGAAGUUACGCAGUCUCUUGCGCCGUCAGAGAAAGUCGUCCGAAGGAACUCGGUACACUAUGAUUAGACGACUGAAUGAGAGCCCCGACACGACUUGUGCCGGCAUUCGCAACUCUCUGCAACGUAUCUCCGGCCAGUAUUGCACUGUAGACGACGACUGUCUUGGUUUCUCAUGCUGUACGCCGCUCACGUUGAUUUUUUCAAAAAAGUUUGCUAGAGCUGCGGUACGUGUGGAUCCCUGUCAUAGCGCUUUGACGGUAUCUCUUGGUUCUUGGAAGCAAACAUUUAACAUAAGUUAUGCGUUCGAAGACUCCGUUGUAGUUGGUGGGAAUGUGUUUGGGAAUGACAUUUCUGUGGCCAUGUUAAUCAGGGCACUAGUGAACACGAGUUCAGCGAGAGUGUCAGCCACCGUUCGACUAUGUUCCCAACAGUUGCGAACGUGUACACCAUCUGUUGAUGUCGUACAUGAAGCCGUGUUCAAGAUUGAAUCGUCGAGUUGCCGAUCUCGAAGAAAUAUAAUCGAUCAAACGAUUUCAGUUAUUCGUGCCAUGACUCUAGAUGACUUCCAGGAAGAACUAAGCGACAAUGGGAUAAAGGGAUUUAUUAUAACUUUGUUGGCGAAGGCCAGAGGUGCUCUUCUUGAAAACGUAUGUACUGCCUUGUCUUGCCGUUCCUACUUGGCACGUUGA